AUGUUUGGGCUGACUCGGCGUUUGCGCGUCGGUGUCACGGUGGAGCAGGUGGCGGCGCUGGUGCGGGCAAAACUCCGUGGGGCGCAACCGGCGCAAAACACACUUCUCGUUGAUGUCCGCUCCACUGGCGAGGUUUCGGCGACAGGUGUCAUUCCCACAGCUGUGAAUCUUCCAUUGAAGCUGUUGGAGGCUGCUCUCAGUGACGAGGUGGGGGAGGAGGAGUUUGCUGAGACUUUUGGCGUGCCGAAGCCUCAACCAGGGACUACUCAGAUAAUAUUCUACUGCGCCCACGGUGUGCGCUCUUCCAUUGCCGUUGAAGUGGUAGAGGGUCUGGGCUUCAGCGGUGCAGGGAACGUCACUGGUGGUUUUGCCGCAUGGCAGAAGUACUACGGCGAGCUGCAGAAGAAUGGGGACAGUCCACUGACACCAAACCCGUGA